GAGAUAUUAAAAAAAGAUCGCAGGUCAUUAAACAUCGCGUUGGAAGAAACAUAACCUUAGAUAAAGAACAUAAAGGUAACCUCUGAGUAAACACCAACACAUCAGCUGCUUGGAGUCAGUAUAGCGUACCUGAUAAGAUGUAAUGUGAAUAUUUGAAUUAUAUGAAGUCUUUAAAUACUUCUUAGAGCGACGUUUACGAUAGCAGCGUUUUUAAUUUUUUCUUUUUAUAUGCAGUUCCUGGUAAAAAAUAUGUUUUUAAGAAAGAUCUUCAUAAUAAAUUUCCUAGUUAAAGAAUGUGUUUUUAGUUAACCUUUCUGUAAUAUUCAAUGUUGAAAUGUAUUCAGACGAAUCCGAUGAUACUUCUGAAGAAGUAGAUGUUUAUAGAAAAAAAUACAGGCUCAUUACGGAAAGAUGUGAAGUUAUUCAACAGGACAAUGAGCGCCUUGUGAAUCGAAUACAUCAUAUCAAAAAAAUGUUAAGGAGAAGAAGGAAAGAAAGGAAAUUUUUGAUGGAUAGGUUAGAUAUGCAUAGGGACAACUGGAGGAAUAUUCCUUUAUCAUUAAAGUUGGAAGAUACUUCUGAACAAUCAGCUGCUUCUAAACCAGCGAUUUUUAAAUUAUCUAAAGGAAAUGCAUCAGGUGAAAAGCAUAAAAAAAUUAUUAAAAAGAAAAUUCAUAAGGUCGAUAAAAAUGCUCCUAAGCGGCCAGCUAAUCCAUACUUUCAGUUCUGUCAAGAACAGAGAACGUCAACUAUAGAAGAAAUGACAAGUGCGGGGCAAUCAGAACCCAGCAAAAUAGAUGUUACCAAACACUUAGCUUACAAGUGGAAUUUGCUCACACAAGAUGACAAAAAAGUAAUACUUCUUCUUCUUCUUUCACUACAACUCAGUGGCGAGUCAAGCCUUCCUGCCACAUCAACUGCCAUUCCUCUCGAUUUGCUGCCACUGCCUUCAAGUUCCUUACACCCAAGAUGGACCAUGCAUCCUCCCCCAGCUCAUCGGCCCACCACACUCUCGGCUUGCCAAUUCUCUUCUCUUACCGUAAGGCUGUCGCUCUGCCUAAGGCCCUUGUAUGUUUCAAAAUCCUUAGAAAAUCCUCCACCUACCUGA